AUGGAGAACCAGGAGUUCUCGGUUACACCAGCUAUGUCCGAGGAGGGUGACACACCAGCAGAUAGAGCCGCUUAUCCUAAAAGCGGCCAGAAGUCCCUAGUACGCAGGAUCCUCUACGAGCACAAGCUGGAGGAGCCGGAGGAGCUCGGGGAACCCGAGGAGUCAGAGCAGGGAGACGCGUUCCCCGAGUCUGACGCCUUCCCCGAGAUCCAGGAGCCCCCCAAGUCCCAGGACUCCUAUGAGACCUACCGGCCCCGCGAGGUCCAGGAGUACUAUGAGUCCCAAGAGAUCUGCACCCCCGAGGACUCCAGCGAACCCUACGACGACGAGGCCGGAAAUCGUCGUGCUCCCUUUGAGCUUCUCGCGUCCAGCAAGCCCAGCUAUCUCCCUGACCAGCGCUGCAAGCCCCAAAGGCCCCACGCUCGUUCCCGCCGGCCCCACAAGACCCUAGAAGCAGAAUUGCUCCCAGGCAUCGCUGCGGUGGUCUCCCCAUCUCUGAUGACUUGCUUUCCGCGGCGGAUUCCUCUAGCCUCCUUGAGCGGAUUGUUAAGGAGAGAUAAUGCCUUCCUGCAGAGCCUUCAGAACCGGCUAUGGAAAAGAAUUCAAGAGCUUUCUAGGCCUAAAAAAGAUUGGGGAGUCCCAGAUAGAAAAUUGUUCUGGGGUAAUCAAGAUCCUAUUCGCCCGGUUUCCCAGAAGGCUUUGAGGGUUCAGCUGACCAAAAGACUUGACAACCUUGCCCAACCCAAGGAAGUCUCCUACCGAUAUGUACCCAACAGGGCUCAAUAUUAUUAUGGCUGUGGUAGAGAAUCUGUCAUCUGGGAGAUCCCUUCUCCAGCACUGCUCAGUCGACCCUCUAAAAGGAUCCAGCAACUGGCACAGCCCAACAGAUUCAAGAUAGACCGUAAAAUAGCGAGGGCCUUGAGUAAUUAUUCAACAAGAGGUUCUUUACAAAUAGCUGAUCCUUCUCCCCGGAUAUUACGACUCUCAUUAGCUAAAGAGAUAGAUCCAGACUAUGUUCCUCCAAAAAAUAUUGACACCAAGAUUCCGUUUUCUACCCUGAAUGCUAUUGCAACUCCAAGAACUAUAGACCUUGCCCAUCCAAGGAUGAAGAUAGAGGGUCUGUGCUAUGAAAGAGAAAAAAAUGAAAGGCCCAUCCGACCUAUAUCCCAUGCUGCCUUGCUAGCCAAACCUAGCCCUCGAGUAAUAACUCUAGCUCAGGCGAAACCUCUUCAUCAAGACUUUUUACCUGCCCGUGAUCCCUACUGGCCAGUAUCUCAUGCUGCUCUGCAUUCCAAAGUAUCUCACAGGGUUCAAGAACUUGCUAAUCCAAGUAGAAGGGCUCCUCUGCGUAUUGUAUAUUAUGAUCCAGAAGUCUUUAAAGUCAAGCCAGCUGCUUUGAAAGCACAGUGUUCUCCAAGGAUCCUCCAGUUGGCAGAACCUGUUACACGUUAA